AUGGGAGCACCAAUCCGCGUCUUUUGUCCCGCCCACUGCCCGCCGAGUCAGCCAAUCCCGCCCUUCGAGAAGCGUGGCCUGGUACCCCGCAGCCCUAGCGGGUCGCGGCGGAGGGGGUGGAGGCGGAAGUGGCGGCGCCGGGCCCGGGGAGUAGGAAGGAUCCGGGCUGCAGCCGGAGUCAGGCGGCUGCCAGCCGAGGAGCAGGCGCGGCCUCAGCGCCAUAUUGAGGCCCUAAGCGGCCGCUACCGAGUCAUGGCCGAGACCUACGGUGAGGGUGGGGAGGUCGGGGGUUGUGGUGCAGGAACCGGCAAAUCAUGUCUCCUCCAUCAGUUCAUUGAGAAUAAGUUUAAACAGGAUUCCAAUCACACCAUCGGCGUGGAGUUUGGAUCCCGGGUGGUCAACGUGGGUGGGAAGACUGUGAAGCUACAGAUUUGGGACACGGCUGGCCAGGAGCGGUUUCGGUCGGUGACGCGGAGUUAUUACCGAGGGGCAGCUGGAGCCCUGCUGGUGUACGACAUCACCAGCCGGGAGACGUACAAUUCGCUGGCCGCCUGGCUGACGGACGCCCGCACGCUGGCCAGCCCCAACAUCGUGGUCAUCCUCUGUGGCAACAAGAAGGAUCUGGAGCCGGAGCGGGAGGUCACUUUCUUGGAGGCCUCCCGCUUUGCCCAGGAGAACGAGCUGAUGUUCCUGGAGACCAGUGCGCUCACAGGCGAGAACGUGGAGGAGGCCUUCCUGAAGUGUGCCCGGACCAUCCUGAACAAGAUCGACUCAGGUGAACUAGACCCCGAGAGGAUGGGCUCAGGCAUUCAGUACGGUGACGCCUCUCUCCGCCAGCUGCGGCAGCCCCGGAGUGCGCAGGCCGUGGCCCCUCAGCCCUGUGGCUGCUAAGACCCAAGGAGCCAGCCCACCUGCUCUCCAGGACCAGCCCUGCCCUCUGGCUGAGGCUCAGAACCAGACCCUGGGAGGCCUAGCUCCUCACCUGCCCGGGCCCCAAGGAAGCUGCCCCACCCUGCCCCUUUCCCUGGCCUGGUGGGGCUUCGAUGUGGGGCAAGACUGAGCCACAGGGGAGGGGGGAGGGCACCCAUACCUGCUGCUGCUUCCUCUGUCUUGGCUGACCUUUAUCCUUGCCUGAGACCAGGGCCAUGCGGCCCCAACUCCUUGCCUGGCUCUGCCACUGUGAGUGCGUGUUAUUUAUUGCCUGGCCGCCUGCUCUGCCCUCACCGCACACCCAUAAAGCAUCGUCUACA